AAUAUAGACUGACAAAAUAAUAUUAGCAGUUCAGUGAUAGAGUACUAUAGUAUAUGGUCUGAAAAUGUAUAUGUGGUUUAACUUUUGUAUGACAGGAACCAGCUUCUCAGAGAGACAGUUUUUAAUCUGCUCUCAUUCCAUCGAUAUUUUGAAUGUUUCAAAUGUGAUAAUUGAAGGGAAAAUGCUGACGUACUGCAAACACUAGUCUUCUGUUUGUUCUUCUAUGUAUUUGAAAGAUGAGAUAUAUAGAGCUAUUAACUAGUUCAGGAAAAUUUCUACCUACAUGGUUAUUUUCUGUCAUAAUAGUGCACCAUAUAUCACGGUAAAAAUCUUACUACCAGUAAUACAUUUCUAUUUGGUUAUGGUGCAGGAAAUGUCGGGACUUAUCAGUGUUAUCUCUUUUUGAAAGAAUGCAAAAAAAUGCUUUUUAAAAAUCCAGUAAUUAAAAAUAUUAACUUAUGUAAACUAAAGCAAUACUUUAAUUAAUGUGUUUAAAACAAGCGUAGCUAGAGGGAAAAGCAAUUAUUAAUUAACUUGUAUGUAACCUGGGCCCCUUGAUACGAAUACUGUAGCAUCUUGUAUGGCAUUACUCCAAAUUGAGUGGAGCUCAAGAUGAAUCUGCCAAGAUCAUAAUUUUAUACAUUUCUCUGUAUUACUGAAUGCUCUCUCAACUUGGAAAAAAACCCCCACAUUUAAAUGAAAACUGAAAAGGUUAAGUAUUUUUCUAAACAACGGGCUAGGGUCCACUGCUUCUAAGAAUAUAAGCUCAAAAUUGGUAUUCAUGAAUGUCUUACAGUGCAGCUGUAAGCAUGUGACCAUGGGUAGGUUAUUUUGCUCUGUGAUGCAUUGUAAGUGUCCAGCGCAAACAUACUUGAGUUGCUAUACUCUUUUUACCUCUUGCUUUACCAUUAUUUUAAAAUAUAAAAUUCAUACAUAUAAUUCUAUCUAGCUGCAGGAAGGCUAACAGAACAUUAGUAUGGCUUUAUCUGUUUCUCAGGGUCUUUCUCCCUUCUCUGCUUUUCUUUAUCUCUUGUAGCUUCCUUUCUGCCUUCAUUAUGUCUCAAACACUGAAGUGCUGAAUGUGUGGGAAUGCAUCUUCUGUUCACUUACUCUCUUUUGCUCUUUCUCUCUCUUUAUUUUUUUUAUACAACUUCUGUGUGUGUGUAGGAUAUUUUCGAGCAGUUCUGAAAUAUUUUAAUGUAUUCCUCUAAGCGGCCUUUAUUUCUGCAUUUCUUGCUUCUGGUGCCCUUGCUGAGCAUUUCUUUAGCAAGAUAGAUUCCAGCUUCUUCAACAAUGGACUGUGGUACACAGCUUGAAGAUGGACAUGAUGAUGAUCUUGCUGCUUUUGAUGAGAAAGCUCUUCUUCAACGAUGCUACACAAGUGAGCCCUAUAAUAUGCGGCACAAUAUAAGGAAAGAAGCUGACGAUGUUGCUGCUGAGAGGAAGAAACAGGCUGUAGUAGAACAAGUGAUGCUGGAUCACUUAUCUAGAGCUGUUAUAAGUGACCCAGAGCAAUCCACACAUGUUGAUGUUUACAAGGGAGCUCACGGACUUCUGGGACUUGGGGCAGCACCAGUGCGUUUUAGAAAAAGAACGCUGCAUGAAACACAAGUAAGGACCAAAUCAGGAUUAACUGAAACCAUGCUCUCUAACAAGCUGUGCUUUGCUAGUAGGAUUAUAUCGAGAAAUGGUCAUGAUGCUUGUAGAGAGUUGAUUGGAAUUUUUUUUGCAUGUGACAAAUCCCUCACUGUCUACGAAUUUCGACAGUUUGGAAAAAAUAGAACAAAUGCCUUGCCUUUCAUUCAGAAAGGAGUUUAUCAACAUCAGCGUGGGAAAAAGAAGGGAAAAGCUUAUGAUCUUAGUGACUUCUAUGUUGGAGCUAACCUAACUUUCCGAAGUGUUGAUCAUAACCUUCCAGAAAGUGUUAAGCAGAAACCUGUUCUUACCCUUCGUGUGAUAAGUAUUGAUGAAGUAGAUAUGGAUUUUCUAAAAGCUUCUUCUAUGGAAUUAAAGCAAGAGUGUUCCAAGCGAGUGAUUGAUGACAAUGAAGCUUUCAAGAAGAUUCAAGGUAUACUCAGAGAGGCACUAAGUAAAAGAGGAGUCCGGCUUAUAAUAGGCUUAGGAAAGUAUUUCCGACAAGUAGACAAGAACAGAAAUGGUUUUCUCUCUCAGGCAGACUUCAAAGAAGCUCUAAAAGUAUUCCGUUUGGAAAUACCUGAAAGGGACUUUGAAACCUUAUGGCUUACUCUUGAUGACAGCAAGAAUGAUAAGGUUGACUAUGGAGAAUUUACUCGUGCCAUAUUUGGAGAAAUGAAUGAAUGUCGGAAAGCAUUUGUAAGAAAAGCUUAUAUGAAACUAGAUUUCAACAAAACUGGGAGCAUACCUGUGGUAGAUAUCAGAAAAACUUACUGUGCAAAGAAACAUCCUCUGGUACUGGCAGGCAAAGCUACAGAAGAACAAAUAAAAUUGUCAUUUCUAGAAACAUUAAAAGAGUCCUGCAGCAACCCCAAUGAAGUGUCCUAUUCAGAGUUUGAAGAUUACUAUGAAGGAUUAAGUAUUGGAAUCGUGGAUGAUGAUGAUUUUGUUAAUAUCUUAAGGAAUACCUGGGGAAUUUAGGGUGGAGGACAACAAAAAUGAGUAAGAGACAUGUUUGAAACAAGGAGUAUGUCUAAUAAGUAUAUAAUUUGCUUUACUUCAUAAUUAGUGUCUCAAACUGAUUUCAGGAACUGAAAAUUUUAGAUGCUUUCAGAGUAGUACAUGACAAAUAUCUUAGUGUCUGUUGAGCUAUGCUAACCACUUUAACAUAAAUGCUGUUCGUUUCUUUUUGUUGCAAAUAAUAAAGGCUGUUCCCCAUACCAAAAGGUGUCAUUUGCUUGAUAUUAGAAUAAAGUGCCCUAUUUUAAAAUAAGAUGGAAGUGGAAUACUAGAACACACGAAGGAAUAUGUGCAAGAGAAAAUUUAGCUUUAUGAUGUACUGUGAAAACCUUUAUAUUGACUGUGUAAACAGAAAUAGUAGCUUUUCUUCAGGGUUUUCUUCCUAUAAAAAUGUUUGUUCUUAUAACAUUCUUUAUCUCAUUUCUUGGUACUAUGCUGGUACUUGGCCUGAAAGACAGCAGGUCAUCCUUUUCCAAUUUUGGGGAUGUCUGCAGCAUUGAAAGUGCAGAGAUGUUCUCGCCAAUUAGCCUUUGAGCUACUAUGUGGAUCAUCUUGACUGACCCUAUUUUUUCAUAAGGCAUCCAAAGCUGAGCAUUGAAUCACAAAAGUUUUAUGCAACACAUAUAUUUUGUAAUGCUAUUUUGUAAUCCUUUGCUGUAUUUUUCCAAGUGUUUUUCAAAACAAAUAUUUUAUAUUUAAAUAUCUGGUUUCUGUGCUUUCUGUUAUGGGGAUUUUUUUUAACUAAAACUUAGCAAUGAUAUCCUUUGUCAAACUGAUACAUACUUUUCCCUGUCUAUUCUGACAGCAUAAGAUAGAAAAGUGUUAAAAAAACCCACCUAUUUUACAACAAAAAUUAAACAGUGAAUUAAAAUAUUCCUUGCUACUUCAAAUAUUCAGCUUUUCAAAUGUAAUAAAUCUUUUUAAUUCUGUAAAAUUCUUUGUGUCAAGAAAUAAAAAAUGUAUUAUUAAUUAUGCAUGUAGAGAGAUAAAUAGCCUUUGGUUUCAAUAUACCUGUCACCAAAAUUAACUGCAUUUCUUAAGCCUAUGCAGUUAAAAUGUAUUCUUUAUUUUGUGCUUGUCUGCUUAGUUUUGAAUUUAUAGUCUGUGGUUAACAGUACCUCUCCAAGAGACAGAGUUUGUGUUUCAUAGAAAUUUAAGGGCAGUGCUGAAAUGAAUGCUGAAAUAAGGGACUUCAGUCCCGCUGUGGCUGACUGGUUUAUUCUGGGUGUAGCACUUUAAUGUUCCAAUAGCUUGUGCACCAUUGUCUUGUGGUUGCUUGCGCCCUGUCCUCACUUGUAACUAGAAUUGCAGUUUCUGCUCUAAAUCCUCAAAAGAUCCUCUGGGACCUGCAAAAAAGGGUUCUCUGGGACCUGCAAAAGUCUGUAGGUAUUGGUUUACAGAGAAAGGCAAAUGCUGUUGAUGUUUUUCUAAGCAAAGAUUCUGGCUUAUUACAAUUUUCUUACUCCCCAUUCCUGCUGGAAUUUCUCUUGCUAGGAAGAUUUUGUUAAUUAAUGUUCUUGGAAUUGGUGAUUCGGAGAAGGGCAACUUCAGCUAGUUUUGCUGGGAUCUGCUUGUUAACGUGUCUGUUCAAAUAACUGAAAAAUACGAAGUGGCAUUUUUAUUGUUUUUAUUUAAAGAAUAACCUGCUCUGUUUAGACUUGUUCACUUAGGAGAGUUGUACCAACAUAUAAAAUUGUAGCUCAAUUUAAUAAAUGUGAAAGUUAUUGUGAAAUGAGGUAUUGACAUAUUUAUUUUUUCAAUGCUUAAUUUUUUUCGUGAUGCUUUUGGGAAGAUUAUUGCACAUUAUCCUGUGGAAUGGAGAAAUUGAUGACUAGUGGAU